CAAACACUUCCGUUCCCUCAUCGUCAUGCCUCCAUGGAGUGGCGGCUUCUGGGGCCGCCGCCCUGUCGCGCGGAACGGGCACCAGCUGUGCCAACGCCCCUCGGCGUCGCUCACGGCCGCGGGGUCAGCGGUGCCGCGCGUCCGCCAAGUGGGGCACCCUUUGGCGAACUGGGCGAGGUCACAUUCUGGAUGGCCGCCUUGGACGCCUGCAGGCGCACGAAGACCCGACGCGGGGUCUCGUCGACGCGGAGACUUCGGUGUGCAGCGACGUCGGGUGGCACUUUGCAAGAGCUUCUCCUGCCCUUGCUGAAGGUGACGCCACCCACUAUCUGUACUGAGGACGCCGAAGAGCUGCCGCCCAAGAAGGCGAAGAGCUUCGUCCUGGAACUGCGAAAGAGCUUGGAGCCCCUCGAAGAAGCCGCGCCCGAGCACGCGGCCGAGCUCCUCCGUCAGGCAGCUGCUGAGGGUGUUCCCCAGCAGAUGCUGGAGCCUUUCCUCGCACGCUUGCUGCGGGUAGACCGAGCAGGGUCGGAGAGUUUGCUGCUAUGUUACCAGCUCCUAGAGCUGGCUCCAGCUCGCUCCUUUGGUGAGGCGCUGCUCUCCGUUUUGGUGGCGCAAUUGGCACAGCAUGGCCGGCUUCAUCAUGCAGAAGGGGUUCUCCGGCACGCUGUGUCGACGGGAUCCGUGAAGAUGAGGACAUUUCAACCCUUGAUGGACUCUUAUGUGCAGCUUGGUGACAGCCAAAGGCUUCAACAACUCUUUCAUUCAGUUUUGCGGCCUCUCGUCCUCCAGGAUCAAGUACGGCUCAACGGCCAUGCUUUGAUGACACUCCUGCAGGGCUUUGCCUCCAGGCCCCGGCUGCAAGAUGAGGUUUUGAGCCUCCUUUCGCAAAUGGAGCUCGAGCUCUUGCCGGACGACCUUGAGAGGAUCCACCGGUGCCUCGCGCCCGAGCAGCUCCACCUCCGGGCGGAUUUCAUCUUGGAGCCCGAGUUGAGGAACCUCAUGGACGGCUCUUGGCCUUGCACCUCCCUGGCCGAGGACGAGGACGGCACUGCCGUCCUGGCGGAGGCGGCGCGGAGGAGUUUGCACUUGCUGCACGCCGACACGCAGAAGCGGCUACUGGAAGUGCUGCAAGAAGGCAAGCUGACCUGCCUGGGUUCACCGGCUUCGAGCCGAAUCUUGCUGUCGACGGUCCCAACAUCGGCUACCGCGGCGCCGUGCAGCGGCGCCGCCGGGCAGAGGGGCCACGGGAAGGUAGUGGGGCCAAAAAUUACCGUGCAGAUGAAGAAGAGGUGGUGGAGAAUCUCCAUGCACCUUACUUCCGUCAUGAUCAGAUCCAUCAGACUUUGGAGCAGCUCCGCUCCCAGAACCAUUGGCCCUUGCUGGUGAUGCCCUGUCGCUACGCCUUUGCCGGAGGUCCAGCAGAUGGAGAUGCUUCGGUGCAACGCCCCUUGACUCCGCUCAACGACUGGGUCACUCGCUGGAUGUCAGAGGGAUGCCUUUUCGUGACCCGCGACGAUGAACCCGACGACGCGGUUUGGAUCCAUGCUACCUUGGCCUCCUUCAAGGCCGCGGACGCAGUGGAGGGCCCCACCUUUGUGGUCACCCGAGACCAGGCGCUGAACCAUCGUUCCAGCAUUUGGGGAAUCCGCUUCAAUGAAGGUGACCGUGCUGUGGCACUUGAACGCUGUUGGCGUCGAUGGAGCGCCCGGCACCUGCGCUGGUUCGCGAUCUCUUGGGCUGACUGCGAUCACUUCUCCGAGGAGGUGACUAUGACCAUUGACGAGCGGCCUUCCGUGGCGGUCGAGAUACAUCACGUGGGCCUUGACACCUGGUACCUUCCUCAAGUCGGCGGCGCGCGUUGGCUCCGUCUCAAGCGGGAAGCGAAGGAAAAAAGGAAC